UUUCUUGGAUCCAGCUUUGUGUCUCUUGGAGUAUUGGUGCCUUUCCUAAAAUUUAUAAAUGUCCAAUAUUAUAUUUUUUAAACUUACUUUAGCUUUAUUGAGGUGUUUUCCAGCUGGAUGAUGUGUCCUUAUAUUCUAAACGAGAGAACAUAAUUCUUCCUAUCUUCAAGCUGACAUUCAAAUUUGUCCCUUCUCAUAGUCUCCCCAGUGAAAACUCCACCAUUAUCCAGAGAACCUCUUAUUUUUAAUAUCUAUAGACCUUGCCUGUAUAAGAUUUAGUAACUUGUAUUGAUUUUAACAUGGAAAAAAUAGAAGCAAAGAUGGUUUUCUCCAGGGAUGAAGAAUUUCAGGCUUCAUUUCAACCAAAUUAUGAUAGAUAUAGUGAAUUAAAGGCCUUUGAUGACACAAAAGCUGGUGUCAAAGGGCUUGCUGAUACUGGAAAUAUUGAAGUGCCUCGGAUAUUUGUUCACCCACCCGAGACCGUACACAAGUCCUCAUGCUCCACCGAGAAAGUGUUCAUUUUUCCAGUAUUAGAUCUUCAAGGCAUCGACCAUCCAAGUAAGCAUAAAGAAAUUGUGGACAAAGUUCGAGAUGCAUCUGAGACAUGGGGAUUUUUUCAAGUGAUCAAUCAUGGCAUUCCAUUACCUGUCCUUGAAGAAAUGUUGCAAGGAGCACGGCAAUUUUUCGAGCAAGAUAUUGAGAUUAAGAAACAACAUUACACUCGAGAUACUACGAAAAAAGUGGCACAUGUUAGCAAUUUUGAUUUGUAUAGCCCCUUUGUUCCAGCAGCAAGCUGGAGAGACUCACUUUACUGCUUAAUGGCUCCUAAUCUUCCUAGUCCAGAGGAAUUUCCAACAGCGUGCAGGGAUAUUUUAAUGGAGUUCUCUAAGCAUAUGAUGAAUUUGGGCUGCUCAUUACUUGAAUUGUUGUCCGAGGGUCUUGGUCUCAAUCCGUGUCACCUUAAAAAUAUGAACUGUGCAGAGGGGCUAUCUAUUGCACAACAUUACUAUCCAGCAUGUCCUCAGCCGGAACUCACCAUAGGCACCAGACAGCAUUCAGACUGUGUUUUUAUCACAGUGCUUCUGCAAGAUGAUAUAGGAGGUCUCCAAGUUCGUCACCAAAAACAAUGGAUUGAUGUUCCUCCUACACCUGGUGCCCUUGUGGUGAAUAUUGGAGAUCUGCUGCAGCUCAUAUCAAAUGAUAAGUAUAUAAGUGUUGAGCACAGAGUAUUGUCAAACAAAGUAGGUCCAAGAAUAUCAGUCCCACGCUUCUUCAGCACAGGUGCAUUUCCCUCUCCAAGGAUUUAUGGACCAAUUAAGGAAUUGUUAUCAGAAUGUAAUCCACCGAAGUAUCGUGCAACCACAGUGAAGGAUUAUACAGACUACUUCCGCAAGAAAGGCUUUGAUGGAACUUCUGCAUUGCUGCAUUACAAGAUACUAUCCUAAAAUUGGAGAAAUUUAAUCAAAUGCAUAUCAGAACUGUGAAUUGAACUUGUGAUGUACAAUUAGCGAAUAAAAUAUAAUGCAACUAAAGUUCCCAAGAUGUUGCAAUUGCUAAAUUGUUGUUGGAUU